CGCAUUACAACUUUCUUUUGAAAAAACAAACAAACGAAGGAACAAACAAAACCGAAAUUACCAUCGUGCAGUUUUUUCAGUCAUUUUCCCAUACUAUUUUCGAAAACACAGAGUUUCAAUGUUAUCAGUGAUAAACUGGUAAAAUGGAACCAAUCGCCGAAAAAAGGUCAUACGCAAUUAGACGUUGGUCUCCUUCACCUGUUGAGAAAAAAAGGUGUACAAGCCGAACAUCAGCCACGGGCGACUUUUUGUAGGAAACCUUCUCAAUAUCAAUGGAAAUAAGAAACUACAGAGCAGUGGUUCUUCUGCUUAUGGUGGCAUAUUUCUUCAUUACCGUCUUUAACACGUUACCACCUAAAACAAACUGGGUCAUCCCAAAGCCAAAGCGCGUCUCGCAGCCAGUUGAGCCUUCAUUUCUGGCGUCCCAGCAGAGCAUCACUCCCCUCACCAACACCAAACACUUUUUGGUAUCAGCUUUCAUGGAUCAGAGAGUGAAGGGUUUUGACGCCCGCAUCAUUGGAAUAUUCAGGAGAGACUCCAUCCAUCCUCUUCACUGUAUUUUCUUCUGUGCUGGAUUUUUAAGUGAAACCACAUCCGCCUCUGUUCUAGUGCACUCAGAUCACUUUGGUUUUCCCUUCGGAGCUACAGAUGUUCUGUGUAGCAAACCUGAGAACUGUAAUGCAACUCAUGUGACUCUUCUGACCAAACAAAAUCCUGUUAAUAUAUCUGACCAACUUUGGCUGCCAAUAAGAAACAGAAAGACCCACAACAAGGAGACCAGAAUGAACUUCACUGUCUGCAUUUCUACCCUCUUUGGAGAUUACAACAAUGUGCUUCAGUUUACACAAAGUCUGGAGAUGUACAAGUUGCUUGGUGUGAACAGAGUGGUGAUCUACAACAACAGCUGUGGUCCUGAACUUACGCGUCUCCUAAAUGGUUACAGUCAGGAAGGUUUUGUUGAAAUUAUACAAUGGCCCAUCAACAAGUACCUGAAUUCAUCCAGAGGCUGGAAAGUCCAAGUAGAUAAAGGAGACCUGCAGUAUUUUGGUCAGAUCGUCACCCUCAAUGAGUGCAUCUAUAGAUCCAUGGAGCGUUCACGCUACGUCCUGCUGAAUGAUAUAGAUGAGAUCAUAAUGCCAUACCAACACGACAACCUGAACUCUAUGAUGGAAGCACUGCAACCAAAAUAUUCAAAGGUAGCAGAGUUCCUCCUUGAAAGCCACGUCUUUCCCAAUAAAUAUUUUGAGCCAAGUGGAAGAUUUCAUCUUCCUCAAUGGAGCAAUGUGUCAGGAACUAACAUUCUGGAGCACAUCUACAGAGAAGACCCAGACAGGAAGAUUUAUCACCCACACAAGAUGAUAGUUCAGCCAAAGUUGGUGGAGCAGACCUCUGUGCAUGAAGUGCUCAGGAAAUUUGGAGGAAGGUAUAUAGUUCCAUGGGAGCUUUGUCGCUUUAUUCAUAUUCAUGUGGCCCGACGUACAUCGUUAAAGCUGGAGCAACUGAAUGAGGACAAACGACUGUGGGACUUCCAGGAAAAACUGAUACCCAACGUGGACAAGGCGCUGAAGAGAGCAGGACUGCUGACAGAGAAUUAGACACUCUGGAGCAUGGCUUUAGCUGUUGGAAUACCCCUCUCUAUUAUUUAGAAAAGGUGAACAGCAAAAGGGGAAAGCUGAUAAACGUUUGCUGUUGUUUUGCACAUGCUGUUUAACAUUUCCGAGACUUAUCAACUCAUAAAAUUUAACUUAAAAACAAAUGAGGUUAGUUAGAAACUCUCACAAAGAAUGAGUAACUCUUUUGAGGAUUCAAUUUGUAACAUUUAUUUGACAUGUACAGAAACGGGUGAGGUGCCACGACAUACGGUUCCUGACAGUGACAUUUAGCCUCCACCUUCUGUUCCCAGAUCUAAAGCAAAACCUAAAUUAACAAAAGCUGCAAUUCCCCAAAACAUCACUGGAGGCUGGUUUCAAAAAGAAGCAACUUUCUAUUGACUCCUAUGUCCAAAUGUCUAUUAAAAAAUAAUGCACGGCCAA